ACCUGCCGAAAAUUAUGGUCACCUUAUGUCAACUGGAAUUCUGUGGAAUGCUUGCGAUUUAUUUCAGCAAUUACCUUUAAACAAUUCGACUGCUGUAUCAAAAAAAUGGAAAGAAAUUUUGGCGUUGUUAGAAGACGCUAUUUGUGAAAUUGUUGAUUUAAUUUCUGAAAAUAAUCAAAAUGAAAAUGAUGAUAUUGAUGAUGGAUGGGAUGAAAUUCUUGGAGAAUCAGCAGCUGCAAGUUCAGUUCUUUCUACAACUGAGAAAGAGAUGGGAUCUUUAUGUUUGGAUUUAAUAAAACUUGCCCAAUUACUUUUUAAGAAAAUUCUUCAACGGUGUAUUGAUCCUUUGAAUACUUCAAAUAAGUUGGAUAAAAAAAAUAUCGAUAAUUCCCAACAAGACAACAUAAAUGAAACAUUAGAUCGAUUUGUAGAAUUAGGCAAUUCAAUCAUUGAUUGCACUGAUGAAUUAGGUACUAGCCUAUAUUCACCACAUAAUGUGGAAAUGAUCGUAUCUCAUGCUAAUGAUCUUAAAUCACAUUCUCAAGAAUUAAUUGGAUUAGCCAUGCUUUUGACAACCGGAAGUCACAAGGAAUGGUUUGUUUUUUGUGAUGGCCAAUUUACAAAGAAAUUACAAAUAAUUAUAGAUAAGAGUGGAUUAUGA